AUGACUGCACAGUCGGCAGAUUGUGCUUGCACACCAGUUGCCAAUUCCUUCCGAAUACAAGCGCAGCAUAAUGUCACAUUUGGUGACAAGGAUUUGUUCCGGGGCAGUUUACUUCAUAUUUACUGGGAUGCAGACGUUUGGCAGUGUGGUGCGAAAGUCUGCACUAAACUGGUUUCUCGAGUUUCGACGACUACUAAGGGAGUGUCAGAUGCUUCAGGAAAGGGUUCCAAAGAAGUCAAACCAGAUUCGACCGAUCAAUCUUCCGAGGCUAAGAUUCAAAAGUUGGCGGCUGUUAAGUUCGACACCGAUGGCUUUUCGGCAUGUGGCGAUGACACAAGUAGCGAUGCUGAAGCAGAAGGGACCAGAGAGUCAUCAGGUCCGGGUGACGUCAAUACUGAGGAAUUCAACUUUCUGAAUCAAACAGGUGACUCGAAACGCACCCGUACUGCAUACACUCGGCAACAAAUUCUCGAAUUGGAGAAAGAAUUCCACUAUAACAAGUAUCUCACACGAAAGAGAAGACUUGAAAUUGCCCAUACGUUGACGCUUUCGGAAAGACAGAUAAAGAUUUGGUUUCAAAACAGGCGCAUGAAGUGGAAGAAGGAACACCAUCUACCUGGGAUGAAACAACGGCUGACUGAAACCAGAUCCCCGGCCACUACAAGAACUCACUUAUGUUCCCCGGUGAACCCACUCCUACCUCCUGUUCCAAUGCACUCUACACUGAUAGCGAACCAGUAUCGGGCGACUAUGGAACCAAAUGCCUGCAGAGUGUCCACAGAAUUUCCAUUCCCUCCACUUUCCAACCCAUCCAUCCCUUUGCCCGUGUCAGAUCCUUGGACUACCCAAUCAAACCAUGCUGCGUCUUUCAUUUCUCCCUCCAUGAUAUCAUCUGCGUCUAGGCACGACCUCUCACCCGGGUUAAACUUACUUUAUGGGAGUUCCGCUUAUGAUGCAAGGUUGGAUUCGGGUCACAUGAUUCCCAGUGCUCGUUCGGCAUAUCCGCUUUCAAAUACGGAGCCUAUGAGUUCAACUCAAAACAGCCAGAUUGGUCUGUCGAUGCAAGGCACGACUCAGCCAACGGAAUCGACUCGCUUUUGUGGACAGAUGACAACAUCGUUGGGAUUUACAAGCUCGUUGUGUCCUAACUACGAAAAUUCGGCCUUGAACAAACCAGCAAGCAGACUGCAAUCCUUUGGUCGGAUGAGCACUAGUAAUAGCAGUACAAGCAGUGGUCACAGCAGCCACGAUGCAAUGGACUAG